UGAAGAUGAUUUAUGUCUUUUCUCUCGAAAGAUAAAACUUAGGAAAAAAAAUCAGGAUGAUAUGAUUGUUGUUAGUGCGAAUAGCCCUUGGUCGUUGUAGUUUAAGCUAUUUUUAUCUAGCCUCGUUUUUACAUUGCAUUGUUUUCUUUACGCCUCUUAGUAUACGUUUCAUUAGCCCAUAUUUGGUAUUUCCGUUUUUGCGUGUUCUUGCUUUUCCUCGUUUACUUCCGGUAGCUAUAAAGGAUUUGCACCCCACGUUUUGGGUGGUUAUUUACUCGCCUUGCAUUGCGCUGUGUUGGGGGCAGUUUUUCUAUCGUUUACAUGCUAUUUUUGGCCUGGUAGUUUCUACAUGCUGUGUUUGGCCGUCGUGCAAAAUUUUUAUGGCUACGAGGACUAAUAGAUUGUAAGUUGUAUAUAUUAUUAUGUAGUUAUCUUUCACUUUAUUUAUAAGUAGCUCAUACUUAACAUUUUGUAGUCUAGUUGGGUUUCUACGUAGUUCUAUCUUCUGCUAACAUUAAUUAACCUUUUAUAAUUAUUCUUUUUUUUUCAUUAUAUUGUAAUAUUAAGCUUCUUGUCGUAUUCUCAACUUAUAAUCUUCAUGUAUGUUAAUUGCUAACAUUUUUCUUUAGCGAACCACGUUUAACACAUCACCUCAGAACCUGUGUUGUUUCUUGCUGUGUUAUCUGCUGGGGAUUUAGGUGUGGUGCGUUCGAUAUACCAAAGUAGUCAGAAUUACAAAUUGUGGACUACAUUAGUUCGAAUCUAGUUCAUUUGGAAAUUUCAUGCUGUGAUGAAUGAACAGACGUUUAGAGAAGAGAAGAAGAGUAUUGACGAGGCGUUAAUUUCUGGUGUAGAUGUAAGAAGUGAGAACCCCAAUAUAGAUGAUGGUGGCGUUGUUUCAAAGGAACUAAUGAGGCUGAAGCAGGUCAGAGCCAAUGCAAAGCGUGAACUGACGAAGGCAAUUAACCGUGUUUCUGAUUCCCUGACUGUUGGCGAAGAAACUGGACAGAUGCAGGUGAUUGAAAGAAGACUGGACGAAGCGUUCCAUAACUUCAAAGAAGCAUGGAUGAAACACAAAAAUUUACUUGAUGAUGAUGAUGACCUUGAAGAGUCGACAGCAUAUUUUCAUGAGGCAAAGACGAAGUACCUGUGUUCAAAGGACAGGGUAGCUCUCUGGUUAGAAUCAAGGAAGAAGCAACUGCUUGAAAGGGUAAAACCUCCUGAUAUCGAGCCAAAAGACUCCAUAAGCCAAUCUAAAUCUUAUUUUUCUCGCCAUAGCUCUUCUUCUUCACGUCGGAGCAAGGCCGUAAUUGCUGAGAAGCAGUUUAAUAAUGCAACAAAGAUGGCUUCAUUGCGUGCAGAAGCGUCGAUGCUAGAGCAACAUCAGAGAAUCGCAAAUGAAGAGUUGAGAAUCAAUCAACUGAAAGAAAAGUUGGCUUUAGAGACCCAGUUAGCAAAACUGGCAGCAGAAGAGCGUGUGUGCGUUGAAUUCAAGACUUUGUCAGGAAGCUGUUGUGAAGAAGAAUUUGGCGAAACUCAAGAUGGCCUCAUGCGCGAUCCAAUAGGAGCUUCAUUGAACAUGAAACAGACGAAAGAAUUAGCGUUGAAGACCUCUACUGCCCUAAUAUUCUCAGAUCCCUGCCGGCAGAAAGCAAGCAUUUCACCUCCAGAACAGUUAAACAUCAAGCCUUCCCUCAAUGGUAUUGCCACAAAAGAAAUUUCAGAAAACCAUGCUACCUUUAGUGGAUUUGAAUCCCGUGCUCCUCUUUGUUGGGCGGGCUAUGGUGAUACAAUGAAAGAAUCACCUGACGAACACAACGUUUCUCAGCAGUUGAUUGACAUCCAAGAUCCCGUGGAAAACGCUGUGACAAUGGAACAUGCCCCUCCGAGGAGGUCAGACAAUACCUAUAUGACGAGAAAUCCAUUGAUGGGAUAUAUUGCAACCCCGCAACAGGCAUUUGAUAUCAACGCUCCUACAUGGCAACCCUCUGGAAACCCUGUUUUUAAGGAAAGUGAUGCACUGGAGGUCAAAAAUCAGAGACAACAAAAGGAAGUUGCAAAGGUCCAUUCGAAAAAUGGUAGCCUAUCUGGAACUGAUGAAGGAAUAAAUUAUUUGGAGGCAAUGAAGGCCCUAGCAACUGCUGCAUUGCUACCAAGGGCAGAGCUGAUGCACUUUGACGGUAACCCCUUGAAUUAUUUUUUGUUUAUGACUUCUUUUGAAAACAACGUUGAAAAAAGUACUCAAGAUUUCAGCAAGAGAUUACAACUCCUGAUACAGUUCUGCACUGGAAAGGCAAAGAAGGCAAUUCAGAGCUGCGUUCUUCUGCACCCUCAUGAAGGGUAUUUUCAGGCGAAGAAAAUUCUUUCAGAACGAUUUGGUGAUGCAUACAAGGUUUCAAGAACAUGGCUGACUAAAGUCAUGGAUGGUGCACAAAUCAGGCCUGGUGAUGGUGAAGCAUUGCAGGAUCUUGCUGACGACUUAGAAAGUUGUGAAAUUACACUUCAAGCGGCAGGACGACUUAAUCAGCUGAACAACGAAGACAGUUUGCUUAAAAUUUUGAAGCGAUGCCCGGUGUAUGUAAGAUCUCGUUGGCAGUCACGUGUUCAAGAGUUAAGAGCACAAGGAAUGGACCCGAGUGUCAAAGACAUCAGGAAGCUCAUCAGAUUGGCAGCAAGUGAAAAAUGUGAUCCAGUCUAUGGCAAUUUGAUGGAUGGGGAAAAUAAAGAAUUAAGAGAUAGAAAAAGAGCAAACAACCGAACAGGAGCAAUGAAGACCAAUUUCAGCAUACAAACAGGUGCAGCAAAGGGAAACAGUGAUGGCUUAAAAUGUUACUUUUGUGACAGAAACCAUAGACUGGAGUCAUGUGACGCUUUCAAGUUGGAAGAUGGUGAGAAACAAUUUAAAUUUAUUAGACAAAGGAAACUUUGCGACAAUUGUUUAUCUAGCUUUCAUUUUUCUGCUGGUUGCAAAAGACGAAAGGGAUGCACAGUGCUGAAUUGUGACAUCAAACGGAAACAUCUUGCUUCGAUACAUAAUGAAGUUAAAAAAUUUGAGACAAGUCGAUGCAGUGCACAAGCUAUCUCAGAUCAACAUGGGGAAUCAAAAAGGCAAAAUCAAUUCAGUGGCCUGACAAGUAACAAUGGUGGUUGCAGCUCUGGUCAAGGACUGCCAAUUGUGCCGCUCAAGGUUAAGUGUCGAGGCAUGAACAAAAUAGUCACGACGUACGCUCUGUUAGACAGUGGAUCUACCGCUUCAUUUUGCAGUGAUGAUCUCUUGAAAGAAUUAGGUAUAGAGGGUAAAACGUGCCAAAUUCAACUGGCAACUAUUGACGGCGUACAUGAUGAAUGUCAAACUGCUAUGAUGACCCUAGAAGUUGCGAACUUUGAAGAGGAUAUCUGUAUUCAGAUUGACAAUGUUUUCUCAACAAAGAGUCUGAAUAUACCAAGAACAGCGAUUGCUAAGCAAAAGGAUGUAGAUUUGUGGCCACACCUCAAUGGAGUCAUAAUGCCAGAAGUAAUAGCUGAUGCAAAUGUCAACCUUUUAAUUGGAGUAGACACUCCUGAGGCUUUGGAACCUAGCGCAAUUAGAAACAGUGAAGGUGGUGGACCCUUUGCCGUGAAGACUAAAUUCGGUUGGACCUUGAACGGACCACUUGGCAGAGAUAAUGCUACAGGUAAACGUUGCUUUUUCUCUAAAUCGAAUGCUUGUGAUGAACAACUUCAACAGCAACUUUUGCAGUAUUUUAACCGGGAAUUUGACCAGGUGACAAGUGACAACAAGAGAGGUUUAUCAGUACAAGACAAACAAGCCUUGAAGAUCUUAGAAGAUUCCUUGCAGUUUGUUAAUGGUCACUAUCAAAUGGCAAUUCCUUGGAAGAGCAGUCAAACAUGUUUACCUAACAAUCGUGUAAUGGCAGAACAGAGGCUUGGGUACCUGAAGAGACGUCUGACACGUGACCCAGCAUUACGAGUGCGUUAUACAAAUUUCAUUGAUGACCUUCUUGUCAAAGGACAUGCAAGAAAGAUUCCUGAUGCCAAGAAAGGAUGCAGACAAGAUAUCACAUGGUAUCUCCCACAUCACAAUGUAGUGAAUCCAAAGAAACCUGAGAAACCCAGAGUUGUCUUCGAUUGUGCGGCGAAGUUUCACGGUGUAUCGCUUAACAGCAAUAUAUUACAAGGUCCAAAUCUGACAAAUUCUUUGGUAGGGGUACUUUGCAGAUUCAGACAAGAGCGAAUUGCGCUAGUUGCUGAUGUGGAAUCUAUGUACCACCAGGUAUGUGUAGAUCCUAAGGAUACUGAGGCCUUGAGGUUCUUAUGGUUUCCGGGUUGA